GUUGGGCAGUCAACCAAGGUCCUUGGAAAGCACAACAAAGCACUUGUUCACAGACACAGAACCGUCUCUGCGCGUGGGACGGGACGAAAGAGAGAGCCACCACAACUAAAGCAGGUCACUAAUAAACAGGUUCAUUUCGUUGCUGAGUUUAUUUCAACCUUUCUGGUCUACAUCUUGACGGAUAAAAAGUAAACUCGCAAAACGACGGCGUUUUCGGUACAGCGUUAAGCGCCAACAACCGUCAGUUUUUUUUAUUUUACUUUCAGGUCCCUACCAUCUUUGAGAGAUGUUUGAGAAGCAGCGUUACGACAGCCCUCCCGUCUACAGUCCUCCAUACACCCCGGAAUCCAAUGGCUACGGCCCCCCACAAAGCUACCACCCGCCCAGGAGUGAGUUUGACCCAUACCCACCCCCACCGGGCUCCUACUACAUGGAAGAGAAGCCCCAACACUUCUACAAGUGGAUCUCUCCUCCUGGCAUCGUCAAGGCCAUGUUUGGCACAAUCAUAGUGCUCUGUGUGGGGAUCUUUGCCUGUGUGGCCUCCACCCUUGUCUGGGACAUGCAGUACGGGAUGGGGGGGAUGGGCUCCUACGGCGGAGGGAUGGGCUACGGUGGCGGUUAUGGGGGAAUGGGAGGCGGCUAUGGCUCCAGUUAUGGCUCAGGCUAUGGAGGAGGCUAUGGAGGAGGCUAUGGUAACUAUGGUAGCUCCUACCCGACACCUUACUCGGCCAAAACAACCAUGAUAGCUAUGGCGGCCAUCAACUUCUUUGUGGCGCUGGGAUUCUUCGUGGCCAGUUUCUCUAAAUCGACCACGUUCAGGAGCAGGAAGUUCUUCCUGGUGGUUCUGGUGGUCAGUGUCAUCAUGGCUGUCAUCCAGGGUAUCAUCACCAUUGUGUACGUCGUAGGGGUGAACCCUAUGGCACAGAGCUCUCAGAACAUGAUGUACAACCCUAUGCUGAUGAUGUGCCAGAACCUGUACGGAAGCAGCUAUUCUAAUAUGGGUGGAGUGGGGGGUUUCGGCAUGUAUAACCAGUACCUCUAUCACUACUGCUACGUGGACCCACAAGAGGGUGUAGCCAUGGUGUGUGGCUUCCUGGUUACCGCUGCCUUGGUCGUGGCUGCUUUCUUCUCCCACAAAACCAGAGGCAAGAUCUGGCGCUACGGCAAGCCAAACAUCUACUGGGAACAGCCCCCUGAGACUGGAGGGCUAGUUUCUGAAGGCAGAGAUGUGAAGGACUGGGUGAACAAUGUAGAGGACGGACAAAGUACUCAGGGUGCACCUACCGUGGUGCUGUCAGAGAAGUCCGCCCCCCUCAACGCCUCAGCCAAUAGCAUCAUCUCCUACCCGACCAAGGCUGACAGCAGGGUGUACACUGGAGAUGCCUACAAUGAUGACGUGUAUUCAGAGCAUCUGGCUAUUCUUCCCUCGGAUCAGCCCUCCCAGGGGGCCAGUUCCAGCCCCUCUGAGGAGGCAGGGGGGGUCAGGAAGCCCUCUGCUAACAGGGGGAAGAGGCGCCGGCGCAACCCUGAGCUGGAUGAAUCACAGUACGAAACAGAGUACACCACUGGAGGAGAGACUGGCAACGAACUGGACCCAGAGGAGUGGGAGAGCGUCUACCCAGAGAUAACGUCAGACGGCCAGCGUCAGGAGUACAAGAGGGAGUUUGAUGCCGACCUGAGGGAGUACAAACAUCUGUGUGCUGAGAUGGAUGACAUCAGUGACCAGAUGAACAAACUCAGCAGGCAGCUGGACACACUGGACGAGACCUCCGCCCAGUACCAGGUUGUGGCAGAGGAAUAUAAUCGACUGAAAGACCUUAAGAGGACACCAGACUACCAGGCUAAGAAGCUGGAGUGUCGCAAGUUGAGACACAAACUGUUCCAUAUCAAACGUGUGGUCAAGGCCUACGACAAGAGCCUUUCUUAAAGCCAAGCACUCCCUCCAACCCUAUCCACCCCCUCUGUCGUCAUGACAACACCACACUCCUGGACUAAGAAUAUGCAGAACACUAAGAAUAUGCAGAACACUAAGAAUAUGCAAAGCACUAAGAUUAUGUAGAAUGUUGAAAACCAAAGCUCCCUUCUUGGCAUUUACACACACACACACACACACACACACACACACACAUCAAUGACAUGGUUAUGUGAUUCCUUCUGCCUCGAUUAAUUUCAGACCAGUUCUCUUCUCUAUGUGGAUUGCUUCACAGACACUAUCGUACACUGUGGGGUUGAAAGACUAUAUUCAUUAUACUUCACACGUAACACACAGCCCACUAGCACUGCCAUAUUCCUAACUGUGCCUAGUAAGUAACAUUGUUGUACAUGCUUGCCUUGAAACACGGCAGUCUAUUUGACUGAAUGGGUGUGGUUAUAAAAGGUUACUUCAAUGUCGUUUCACCUGAGGUCAUCUGUGAUAGAGGCAUUGGGCCUUUGCUGGUUCCUGUUUGCAUUGUUUUAUCUCCACAGAUAAGGCAGUAUCGUAGAAAAGGGCAAGUCACAUUGCUGAGUAUGCACCAAACCUACUAGAACAAACCCGUGCUGUGUGCUUCAAGCACUCCACAAAAGAAAGCUAAAAUACCUGCUGUUUUCUCUUAAAAAGGACUGAAUUCCACCUUAUAUUAUGACAGUUGGAGGACCUGCAGUAUGUGACUACUCUCGGAGCUGCGUUCAGUAAAUUCAUUCUGGUUAUCUACCCGGAUUUCAGAGCACUCUAGUCUUUGCGCCAGAGCACACAUAACUGACAUCAGAUGAACAUGACUGGUGUCAGUAAACGUCGGUAAAAAAAGAAAGGGAAAAAAAAGCGUAAUUAAAUUGUUGCCAGCAGCACAGUUACAGUCACCAACGCACUAGGGUAACAUGAAAACAGCCUAACCAGCUCUGUCAGGGCGAGUCAAGUGGUCAGAGGGAGGUGUUCUCUCGUUUGUGUCUGGAAGUAGCUAGCAAGCUAGGCAACGUUAGUUUGGGAGCUUGACUGCCAUGGGGAGGUCAGAACGCACGGAACAACCAUAGUCCUCGGGCCACAGCGUCCAGUGCGCUUCUCUGAACGCUCCGACGAGAGCGAAACGCUCUGAAUGUACGAACUGAUAACACCGCACUCUGAACGUACUCGGCCAUUACAGAUUGAAUUUACAAACUGACACUCUGACAACACCGCACUCUGAACGUACUCGGCCAUUACAGAUUGAAUUUACAAACUGACACUCUGACAACACCGCACUCUGAACGUACUCGGCCAUUACAGAUUGAAUUUACAAACUGACACUCUGACAACACCGCACUCUGAACGUACUCGGCCAUUACAGAUUGAAUUUACGAACUGACACUCUGACAACACCGCACUCUGAACGUACUCGGCCAUUACAGAUUGAAUUUACGAACUGACACUCUGACAACACCGCACUCUGAACGUACUCGGCCAUUACAGAUUGAAUUUACAAACUGGCACUCUGACAACACCGCACUCUGAACGUACUCGGCCAUUACAGAUUGAAUUUACAAACUGGCACUCUGACAACACCGCACUCUGAACGUACUCGGCCAUUACAGAUUGAAUUUACAAACUGGCACUCUGACAACACCGCACUCUGAACGUACUCGGCCAUUACAGAUUGAAUUUACAAACUGGCACUCUGACAACACCGCACUCUGAACGUACUCGGCCAUUACAGAUUGAAUUUACAAACUGGCACUCUGACAACACCGCACUCUGAACGUACUCGGCCAUUACAGAUUGAAUUUACAAACUGACACUCUGACAACACCGCACUCUGAACGUACUCGGCCAUUACAGAUUGAAUUUACAAACUGACACUCUGACAACACCGCACUCUGAACGUACUCGGCCAUUACAGAUUGAAUUUACAAACUGACACUCUGACAACACCGCACUCUGAACGUACUCGGCCAUUACAGAUUGAAUUUACAAACUGACACUCUGACAACACCGCACUCUGAACGUACUCGGCCAUUACAGAUUGAAUUUACGAACUGACACUCUGACAACACCGCACUCUGAACGUACUCGGCCAUUACAGAUUGAAUUUACGAACUGACACUCUGACAACACCGCACUCUGAACGUACUCGGCCAUUACGGAUUGAAUUUACAAACUGGCACUCUGACAACACCGCACUCUGACCGUACUCGGCCAUUACAGAUUGAAUUUA